UUAUCUUAUAGAAGUAUAAACAUGCCAAGCCGCAGCCACCAAACUAGUUGACCCCACAAUUAUUUGCCCCAUAAUUAGGCUCUCAAGCCACAAUAAUACCCAAUUGAUACGUCAAAAAAAAACCCAACAAAAUUGUUUUGACAGCAAGAAAACAACUUGUAUGUUAUCAAUUUGUCAUCAUACUUUGGUUAUCCUAUUCAUUUAUCCACACAUAAUUAAUUUAUCAACUUGUAUAUAUAUUCAUAUCCUGAUUCUGGGUGCAAAAAAAUUGCAAUUUGCUUUGAUUUUUGUUCAAAAGUUGCCAAUUUGUGUGGCUAAGAUUGAGAGAAUUCUUUACCGUGAACCCUAAAAAAGGGGGAUUUUGGUUGGGUUUUUGGGUAUAACCCUUUUCUUUCUGGUUAGUGGAAAAAAGUUUGCAACUUGCAUUUAAAUCUGUUGAAAGGUGCAUUUAGGUGUUUCUUAAGAAUUUCUUUCGAUUGAAGGAGAAUGGUUCAUUUCGGCUGCUGAAGUAGCUGGGUUUUUGGAAAAAAGUUUGGAACUUGUAUUUUUCUGGGUACCUUGAAAAGUUUCCGACUUGCAUCAGAAUUUCUUGAAAAUUAUUAAUAUUUUGAGUCCUUAAACAAUUCUCUCGCCUGAAGAACGAAGAGGGUGAUUUUUUCUGCUGAAAUUAGUUGGGUCUUUGAAAUAAUUUUUUGAAAUUUUUCUGGGUUUCAGACAACUUUGCAACUUGCAUAAGUAUUUGUUGAAAGCUGCAAAUUUUGGUCUUUUUCUGUUGCUAAAUGGGGGAUUUGAUGAAGGAAGAGAAAGUAGGAGAUGUAUAUGAGAAGGAAGAAGAAGAGAGAUUAAUUGAAAGGGUUUCAGUAUUGGACUUUGACAUGUUAUGUUCUACAGUUGCUAUGCAAAGCCAAGGAAAAUGGAGAUUAUUUAAUAAUGAAGAAGAAAAAGAAGAAGGUGCGGAAGGUGGAGAAGGUGAGUAUGGUGGUGGGGUUUUCAGGAUGUGGGAAGGUGGAAUUCUUGAUUGUCUUGAUGAUCAUUGUAUUUCCAUUGAAUCUGUUUGUUGUCCUUGCUACAGAUUUGGAAAGAAUAUGAGACGUGCUGGGUUAGGCCCUUGUUUUCUUCAGGGAGCUGUAUAUUUUCUUCUUGCCGUCUCGGCUUUUCUCAACGGUGUUCUCUUCAUAGUGAUCAGAAGACGCUGUUUUCUUUACUUGACUAUCGCAUUUACUAUGUCAGUGGGAACUUACUUGGGUUUCUACCGCACACGGAUAAGAAAGAAGUUUAAUAUUAGGGGUAGUGACAAUUCGGUGGACGACUGUGUUUAUCAUCUUGUUUGUCCUUGCUGCACCUUAUCUCAGGAGUCUAGAACACUGGAAAUGAAUAACGUUCAGGGAGGCACGUGGCAUGGCCGAGGUGAUACAAUAUGUGUAGGAACCUUUGGUGAAGGCGGCAAAGCCUUCGUUGAGCUACAUCCACCACUUCCGGUUUCAGUACAUUCUCAUAAGACCAACGCAUCUCCGAAUGGUGAAGGUGAUCGUAUUGACGAAUGUUAAGGUGAAAAUUUGGCAUAAACUUUUUGACCUCAAGUUCUAUAUAUUAUGGUGAGGACCGAUUGAUAGUUGGGACUCACAUUUGCAAUAAGGCAAAAACCCGCUGUGAAAAUUGAAAACUCCUAGAGUUCGACGAGCAGCAUGCAUGGGAUAAGAUUUCAGCAAAGUGCCUUAUCGCUUAUCCGAGGAGUGACAAUGUGCGUGCAGAUCGAGAACAAUAGAUCUGUUUUAAGAAACCUCAGUCUAGGCUCGCGAGGGCCUCGGUUUGUUUGUUUCAAGCCCCAUGUAAUUAACAAAACCUUGAUCCUUUAGGCUUGCAGGCGAAAGUUGCAGAUUGUAUGCUAAUUUGGUUGCAUUUGUGAUUCAUUCCGUCUGGUUGAGUUUGUGUUGUGGUUGAUAUAUACGUUUUUUUAGAAUCAUUUUACAAUACUUUUUGCAGCUUUAUGGCUGUAGCUUGUAGGAUUUAUGCUGUGUGCUUGCGAAACUGACGGAUCGACUGCAUGAAAUUACUGUUCUCUUUGUCCCAAUUCUCAAAUUAAGUGCCAACAAAAACCACAUUGAAUCAAUUCUUAUUAAAUGUUUAAUUAUUUUUUAAUAUAAUAAUAUAUUAAUUAAAAUUUAGUUGUUAA